AUGGCAGCACUACACGGAUGGCACCCUGGUGAGGUAGCAAUUCAGCGCAAGCUUGGAUAUGCGGAUGUCGUCAGGGAUCACUGGUCGAUUGUGGGAUCAUUCAUGCCCCAGCAACAUCGGAUAUUUCACACCUCAAACCUUCCCUUCAUUCCUCUUACUACACUUGAUGAUGAUGGCCGUCCUUGGGCGUCCAUUGUGUCUGGGUCAGCCGGUGCGAUAGGUUUUGUUAAAAGCCCAGAUGCUCGAACACUCUCCAUCCACGCUCGAAUUUGGGACGGUGAUCCACUGCUCGAUACCUUCAAAGCCUGGGCCAGUCUGAAGAACCCACAAGAUGUGAUUACUGAGAGAUUCCUCACUGCGGGACUGGGUAUCGAAUUUUCGACACGGCGACGCAAUAAAUUCGCAGGGCUCAUACGAGGUAUGCAGCGAGUAACAGCAUCGGAUUAUCAGAUUGAUCUAGCUGUCACAGAGACCACUGGAAACUGUCCAAAGUACAUCAAUGUCCGCAAACUUGUCGCCUUUCCACAGACGCAACCUGGUAUUGCAUACCGAAACCAAAACCUGUCACCCGAUGAAAGACUCCCAGAUGAGGUACGAGACUUCAUCCUGGACGCCGACACAGUCUUUGUAGCCUCAGUCUACAAUUCAAAGAAAGAAACAGCCGCGGAGUAUCCCUCUCAUGCGGGUAUGAAUGCUCGAAGCGGCUUACCGGGCUUCAUUCGCGUUAGUCCAUCCGAUGGCCGCACUGUAGUGAUCCCUGACUAUUCCGGAAACCGCUUCCUUACAAGUCUGGGGAAUAUCGAAUCGAGUGGUCUAGCAGGAUUAACUAUCGUCUCCUUCUCAACAGGCGAUGUCCUUUAUCUGUCAGGCACCGCUGAGAAUCAUGUGGGCCCGGCCGCAUCUCAAAUUAUGACCAGACACUCGAGCCUUACGACAGUAAAGGUGACUGGCUAUACCUUAGUCCGAAAUGCCCUACCUGUGCGACAGCAACCUGGGACAUCUGUUGAACGGAGCCCAUACAGUCCAAAGAUCAAAUACUUGGUGGAAGAGACGGGAUCGGAAAUGAGUGAAACCGAAGGACACAAAGCAAAUCUUCAAGAAGCUGUGCAACUGUCUUCUGAUCUCGCCGUGUUCAAGUUCAAAGUCAACACAAAUCCUGGUACCGCAGGGCUCAAAAUACGUCCAGGUCAGGCCAUCGUGCUUGAUUUUAUGGAUUGGAUAGGACCUCCUCGGUACCGACACAUGGCAGACUCAGCCCCUGAAUCGAUCAAUGAUGAUCGAGUCCGUACAUGGACGGUAUCGAGUGCUCACGAAGGACAGAAUGCGACAUGGUUUGAAUUGACUAUGCGCAAAAUGCCCGGCGGUGCAGUGACGGGUGCUUUAUUUAACAUCCUCGAAGAUUACUCGCUGAAUCAAAUGGGGCAUCUUGUUAAGUUCAAUGGCUCUGUGUCUGCAGAAAUUGUGGGCAUCACGGGCGACUUUUUCAUCAACUCCGACAAACUCGACGUCUCAUGGAUAGCUGGGGGCAUCGGAAUAACGCCUUUCCUAGCGAUGAUUCAAGCACUGGAGCAACGUGGUUCUCGUGCUGAAGGCGAUAUAUUUCUGGUUCUGGCAACUAGAGAGCCGGAAAUUAUGCUACGAUUGAUCCAACCGGCGCUUGAAAGGAUGGCCCCGACGGUCAGCAUUAAGGUUGAGAUAUUCACAAAUAAAGCUGUCGACAUGGAGCCCUUUAAUAGACAAAACGCCAAGAUCACAGUCCACCAAGGGCGUAUCCGCCCAGAAUACUGGAGAGGUACUUCCAAGGAUAAAGAAGUAUUUAUUUGUGGCCCUAAUGGGUUUGGAGACUCGGUUGUAAAUGGAAUGCAGGCCGCGGGUUUACAGCCGAGUCAAAUACACAGAGAGGGGUUUUAUUGA